AUGAUGAUGGUACAACGACCGCUCUCGGUGCUAGUGUUCGAGGUGAACGUGAUCGUGCUGCUGAUGCUGGGCUUCGGAUCGACCGAGGCCGUGCCGCAGGUGAACCACUGGCACCACCCGAGCGCUGGCCACACGCACCCCAUGUACCAGGCGUGCCUCAGUGACUAUCCGUGUGAGCCGAGCUAUUUGUGCGACUUUUACGAGUGCGACGAGGACGAAGCGGACGAUUCGGAGCAAAUCUGUGGUUCGGAAGAAAACGAGUCAACCAGCAGCGAAGAGUGCGGGGAAACGACGGUAACCACGACGACUGCUGCACCGACCACGUCGACGACGACGGAAACCACGACUGUCCCUACAACAACGACCACAACGACUGACGCUACAACAACGACCACAAGCAAAACUAGUUCAACAACGGACAGUCCAACAACUGAAACUACUGCGUCCACUGAGCCUACAGCCACAACUACGACAC